AUGAACAGUGUGCAAGACUGCCACGAAAACUCAAGCGCUGCCAACGAUUCGAUCCCAAGCUCGGCUCCAAAUGGGGCUGAACCUGCACUGGCCACUGGCCCGGGGGUCAGCGCUAGCAUCAAGACCCGCACGAAUGCGGUCACAGAGACCGAGGGGAAAAAAAGAAACGGACGAAAGCCCAGUGAGAAAAAGAAGGCAAGAAGGACGAAGACCGAAGUCAACAAGGAAAAGGAGCAAGGGUACUUGAAGAUCUUGGAGAGAAACCGACGAGCUGCAGCGAAUUGUCGGGCGCGGAAGCAAGAGCAAUAUGACAAGCUGAACGCCGAGGUGGAGAAGCUUCAGGACCGACACAAAGAGCUAUCUGCUUCCUGCAACGAGCUGAGGGAAACAGCUUACCAACUAAAACUCCAGCUGCUGAGGCACGGCGAAUGCGGAUGCGCCCUCAUUCAGCGAUAUAUCGCAAGCGAAGCCGUAAAUUCUGUCGAGACUCUGAUUUCGAGGCAUUCUCCCUCCAGUAGCCCCAACUGUACCACCAUCGUGAGCUCCGCCGCUAGUGCCGGUGACGGUAGCUCGACGCGAGGACUGGGCGGCAAUAAAAGGCGGGACGAGGCCAUGGUAUGCUCUCAUGAAACUGGAGUCUAG